AUGGACGAGGGCAAUGUGGAACAGCAAAAACAACGUUUUGUUGCACUGUUUAAAAGAUUAUCUCGCCACCAUAUGCCUGUUUGGCGUCGAUUCUUUGAAUUUUUCGGACAUAGUGUUGAUGCUCACGGUAUGCUACUAAGUCAAGAGAUAACCUUGAGUAUCAAAGAUUUUUUUCUUCUGCGCAUCGUCAAGACUUUAAGAAUAUUUCUCGGAUUGAGACACGCCAAAAAAACGGACAUCUACCUAUCUGAAGAUGCGCAACGCAUUUUCGAACUCAUUAAAUCAAGUCUUGCUGAGGUGACUAUUUUGGCGCAUUCAGAUUCGGAUGCUGAUCUUUACCUCGUUAACGACGCCUCCUGCUGGGCUGUGAAUAGUGCAACCUAUUUGGUUUUUGAUGAAAUUCCUCAGCCUCAUUCUUACUACUCUCGGAAACUUGUACAAACAGAGCAGGUAUACAGCACUUUUAGCCAUGAAUUCUAG